CAACACCGACCACCGACGGCACUGGACGGCACCGACCACCGACCACUGACGGCACCGACCACCGACCACCGAUCUGGUUUCCUGUUCGGGUCAAUCCAGGUUGGUCCAGGUCUGGGUAGGUCCGGCAAAAGUUUGUGGGGGGGGGGGGCCCUAAGAUUCAAUCGCUUCGUGCAAAACUGCGUUGAAUCACGUUGAAUGAAUACAAUUUUGGUUUAGAGAUAGCUAAAGUGAAUAAUUAUGAGAUUUAAUCUUCAACAAAGUUUUAAGUUCUGUAGAUUGCGGCAUUUCUGGCUACACACAUUGCCGACAGAAGCAUUGAAGGACAAUGCAACAAUUGAUACAAGAUUACUUCUGCCAGAACCAGAAUACAACACUAACUUUUUAUGUAAUCCUGCAAACCGUGACAUUAUUUUUAACAAUAUUAAAAGGCGAAAGGGCGUCGGAGACAUUGACAAAGUCCUCGAGUAUUCCAACAAUCCUGAAAAACAAGAGUUGUUUCUGCAAGAAUUGAGCAAAAUACCAAACUGCACCCACCCUGCAGUGGUUGAAUAUGGUAACGAGCCGAGGUUGCUGAAGGAGUGCGGCAGGAAGCCAGAAUUUGUCUUCGAGCCAAAAGAAUUUGGCGAACUGGCCAGCAAUUUGAAAGCGAUAAGAACAAACACGCUAGGUCCCAUCACUGGACAAAGAAGUUACAUACUUUUAGGUGAUUUGGCAGAAUUGGAGGAAGCAUUAAUUCAGUAUUCACUCAAAAGAUUAAUGGAGCAUGGAUUUAAGUUGUUGACGGUACCUGACAUCAUCCUUACUAAGAUUAUCGAAAAAUGCGGUUUAAUAGUGGAUGAUGGUCGAACCUUGGUAUAUAAUUUAAAUCCUUAUUAUGGAGGCAACUACAGUCUGUCUGGAACUGCGGAGAUGUCAUUAGCUAGUAAAUUAAUGAAUACUGUGCUUUCCUAUGACAUGUUGCCGAUGAAGUUAGCCGCUGUCAGUCGAUGCUAUCGCGCAGAAGGUUCGGGUACUCUAGAUGAAAGAGGAAUCUAUAGGGUUCAUCAAUUCACCAAAGUGGAGAUGUUUGUUUGUUCUGAGCCAAACCAAUCCGAAGAGGUGUUUCAAGAUCUUCAAAAGAUACAGGAGGAACUUUUCUCUUCGUUAGGAUUACAUUUUCGAAUAAUGGAUAUGCCAUCAAUUGAUUUAGGUUCACCAGCUUAUAGAGUGAGCUAUACACCUGAAAAAUCUCUGCUCUUCUUGAAUACAUCGCAGCUGUCGAAUAUCAUCCCACCAGAGCAAACUUUCCAUGCUAUGAAGCAUUUACGGACAAAACUCCGACAAAAAUGCGACAUGGAAGGCUGGAUGCCCGGAAGAAAGUUGUAUGGUGAAUUGUCCAGUUGUAGUAAUUGUACGGAUUAUCAAUCGAGACGUCUCAAUAUUAGAUAUAAGAUGAAAGACGGAAACAUAACUCACGUGCACACGCUCAAUGGCACUGCGUGUGCAAUACCUCGUAUGUUAAUAGCGUUGUGCGAAACUUAUCAAACGAAACACCAUCGUAUCGCCGUGCCAAUUGAAUUGAUACCUCUAAUGAAGGGCAAAACGCUCAUUAAGAAGCAAUCAAUUGCAGAUAUGAGACCUUAUAAAUAUAAACAAAAAUUAAAUAUAAAACAAAAAUCUGAAUAAAGUGUAAAUAUAAGAAACUAUUCCAACUAUGUUGCGCGACGAAUGCUAUGAUCAUAAUUGAAUCAAUUUUCUUCUAAUAUAGUCUCUAAAAAAAGACAUCUUCCAAGAAUUACUUUAAGAUGUAAAAAAUUUCUUUAAAAAUUUUAUUUAUUUGACAACCCUAUGUUGUAUAUUUGCUUAUUCUAUAUACAGCCGUAUGACAUAAAACAUUGCCUUACAGCUGUAUUUUAAUAAUAUUACAAUACAGUCGUACAUAUUACAACAUUUUAUCAACAUUAUUAAAGUACAGAUAUAUAAUAUGAUAAUAAUAUUGCAACAAUACUUGAGCAUAUAAAAAUAAAUUGUUUAAAUUUAAGUAUGUACAUACGCGUGCACUUUAUUGAUUUAUUAAGCUUAUAAACAGUUUUGUACGUUAAUUUUAAAAGUCUUGCAUUUAAACUUAACAUGAUAGUCACGUGGAACUUUUUAUAAAUGUUGAGUAGUAAUAAUUUUUGCAAUUAAAAAAAUUUUGAAUUAAAAUACAAUUAAUUUUGUAAUUUGGUAUUUAUAGCAAAAUGUUUUAUAGCAAAAUUUCAACGUGGUCUAAAGCUAAAAAUUACAACAUUAUUUAAAUCGUGACCCAUCACAUUAAGCUAUUCAUGCUUCAUGAUUGUUGUCUAAAAGGAUAUAAUGGGAUAUAACAACAAGGAUAUAACAAACAGUCAUAAUGCACGAAUAGCUUGAUGCGUUUACUGGCCCCGAAUGCGGCAAAGUUCAAAUUAAAGCGCGACAGAAAAAACAAUUCAUAUUAAAAAAAAUAAUUUACGGCUUGCAAUUCUGUACUUGUGUUCAUUAAAUACAAAUUAAAUUCAAAUUAAAACAGUGCACAAUUAUUAAUAUUAUGAAAAAUUAUUGUUACGUAUCGAACUUUUGAUUCUCAAUUAUUAAUAUAAUCUUUGUAUAAUUAAUAUUUUCCAGAAGAAAAGGAGCCUUAUAAAAUUAAAUUUGUGUAAAAUUGUAUACGUGAUUCUAUUUCUAACGUUGUAAUUUAUCAAGGUAAAACCAAAUGAAAAAAAUCUAUUAUUAUUAUUAAUUUUAUGCAAAUAAUAAGUUAUGCUUAUCUUAAUGUUUCUCUGCCGAUACUUUUCCCAGGCCUGCAUCUUCUCCUCUUCUUUCACAGGACACUCACGAACAACAUUUUAAUUCACUUAAAAAAGAAAAAAAACGAAUACCGAAAAUUGAAUAAAUAAUCGCUUUCCAUUAAUGCUAUGUGUUUUGUAAUUAUCAAGAGAUUAUUAAAAAAAGAGCUAAGUAUUCUAUGCGCGGGUCAGCAAACUGCUAAGAAGAAUAAUAUAAAAAUAAGUUAAUUCCAAGAAACAAUUAUUAGUUUUUAAAUAACAUUAAUCUGAUUAAUCCGUUUUAAUAAUAAAAUCUAUAACUAACUUUUAAUUUUAAAUAAAGGUUAUACGGAAAUUUAUGUUUAUAAUAAUAAUCUGAAUAAUAAAAUAAUAUAUUUAGUUAACAUUAAUCAGUUGAAAAGUCAAAUUCAUUUAAACUGAGACGUUAUAACAGGAUUAAACUUGUCUGAAUACUUUUGUACACAGGAACAUUAAUGCUAGAAAUAAACAUGGCCUUUAUUACUGUGUUAUAGACACUGUCUAAAUUCUUGGCAUCUUUUUUUAAAUUUAUGGUAUUGGUAUUCUUUAUGAAGAAUAUUUCGGCAAUCUCUCUUUUUCUUCUAUUAUUUCCGUAAUAUAAAAUGUACGGAAAUUGCCAAUCGAACUCGUGGUUCAUUGUCAAGCGAUGUGUACUAAUUACUGAGUGGCCACUUCCAUGUUUCUUUAUAUCAUGUUUUUUUAUAUCAUUCAUGUAUCUUUAUAUCUUUCAUGUUUUUUUAAUAUCAUUUUUGUAGCGUCUUUUAAAUAUAUACUUUUGUAAUUUUAGAAUUGUUUGUAAAUUCGCUGCUGCGGACUGCUUAACGAUUGUCGUCUCGCAAUCUACGUGUAAUCACUUGACAAGGACCAUGAUUGAAACGUCGUAAAUGUUUAACUUAAUAAAGGAAAUUAACCAGUCAA